GGUCACUCUUGCCUAUCGCUAUCAUCUCAUCAGCUGAUCAGUGAUGUGUAUUUAUUGUCCGGAGGUCUGCGGAGGAAACUGUAUAUAGUGAGUGCUUAAGUUAAUGCCAAGUAAUGAGUACCUGAUUUAAUGUAUAGUAGCGGAUGCAGGGGUUGUCGAUCCGCCAACAUAAGUGGCACUACUGCAGCCGGUACCCCCUCAAACCCACACAAGAACAAACACUGCACACAUGUGACACAUCUGUUGUCGUAUUUGAACGUUGAUGUGUUAGUACCAAUAGAUAAGCAGUGGUGUUAGUCUGUAUGGCGUGUGGUGUUCAAGUCUAGCUGUGCACGCAAUGUCAAGUAUCGCUGACCCUCAACUGUGGUGGCGGUGGCACCGAUGGGUGUGUCGAUGGGCCGAGACGAUCAUCAUCGUUGGCGUGUGCGCACUCGUAGUCUUUGUACCGCAGCUGCAGCACACAACAUCCCUUGUAUUCGCAAACGUCGCAGAAACUGUGCACACGGUGUUAUCGCCAAUACUUGAUAGUGGAUCACAUAUUAUGGGCUCCGAUGGACUGCUGGGUGCGAGUGGCCCUAUACAUCCACAGCCAGACAACAUGCAUCAAGAGAAGCAAACCAUCGCAACACCACGGCGUAUGUGCAAUAUCCGAAACCCUGUACUCAAUGCACAGUGCCACUUGAAAUUUGAUUCGAAGUGCCAAGUUGCGUGCGAUGAGCAAACGCAAACGUCUGUCACAGACGAGAACGCUGCUGACGCAAAGAAGUCUAACACGACACAAGUAGAAACACGACGAGUAGAUGUGUACCAACUGAGACUACAACACAUACCCGUCACUCUCAGUCAAACACAGACUACACCAGAGGCAGAGGCAGCCACUCUGCACAACAACUUAGAGGUAGUGGAAUCCAUCGAACGAGAGCUUCACAGACAGUUGAAGGGUCAGUGUGUGCCCAGUGGCUCUGCUUGUGCGGGUGUGUCGCCGUUGCUGCUCUGGGGCGGAGAUCUGUCGGCAAUGCGACAAGACCCUCAGAUCAUCUACACAAUGGCCGCGAAUAAGGUGGUGCUGCCUGGAAUAGAUGACUUUACUUUGGACCGUGACCACGUGUUCGCCAGCCACGACGGCACUAGUGUGUAUACGAUCACUGUCUUUCUGAACGAGACACUGUCAUCGGCCCAAUGGAACGACGCCCUGUCCGUAGCCGUGGCCUCCACGCAGCUGGUGCGUGUCAAUGACGUGCACCAGGCCAAGGGGUCGGGUACUCUGUCGCGGCUGCUGUCGGCUGUGCUGGUUGUGGUGUGCACGGGCGCGUUCUUCCAUUCGCUGCGUCGCAUGGGUGUGUCUGCGUUGCUGGGGAUUGUGGGUGUUGGCGUCCAGCUGCUGGCGCUGUCGGUUACCGUUGCGCUGCACAAAGCGUAUCGCCUGUCACUGCCCACCUCAAUGGACGAAGUCAUGCCUCUGCUAUAUGUGAUCAUAGGGUUUGAUCCGCUGGUGGCCGUGGCUCGUUUCUUCUCUUCGUCGUGUGGUGCUCUUAUGCCAUCCACGCUGUCUGCUCAUCUGUCGCCAGUGUCGUCUGCCCCUGCUCUGUCUGCGCAGAGGGUGGUGGGCCAUGGCAAUGGCUACGCUGAGUGUGGUGUGUGUGGUGAUGAGGCGUGUGCCAUGUGGGCGUGUGAGCAUUUGGAGGCUCUGCGGUGGGCUGUGCGCGUGGACGUGCUAGUUAAGUCGGGUGUGUUGAUUGAGCUCUACGCGCUGUUUAAAACCCACCGCUACUUAAGCACUGCACUGCCGGUGAUCACUUUCAUGGCGUGUGCCUAUGUGGUCCAUAAGGUGCUGUGCGGCACAUUAUACCUGGCGUGUUUCUGCGUGCGUACGCCUCAAUCAGUUGCCAUGGUUACCCCGGUUGUGCGUGAGUAUCAAUCGCGUGAAAAGAUUAGCAUUGCACAAGUACACAGUAGUGUGGAUGGACGGGACGUGGCGGAAACGUGUGCGCGGGCGGUGACACUCACAUGUGCAGUGCUGAGCUUAUCAUUCAUACAACUGCAGGACGGGGCAGAGGCUAAGUUUAGAACCGUUCCCGUGCUCGCCAUUUCCGACAUGUCGCAAAAGCUGCUGUCGCAUUUCCGUCGCCAUGGCAACGAGCCGUGGGUGGUAGGUAGACACAGGGAUGUGUUUGCGCAGCUGUACUCCACUGGCGAUGAGCGGACGGCCGACUCUGUGAUGUCUGGCAGCUGUGCAGUGGCGACGCGAGAGUACUGGGGCGUUGAUGAUGAUACCAUGCGCACAACACUGCAGGUGGCUGUGGUGGUGGCCUGUGCCUUUCUUUUGUACAAUGUGUUCAAGACACGCAAAGCGACAGCCCACGCACAUGCACACACACUCACUCAAACUCGCACAAAUGCGCCGGCGCACUCCAACAGCAAAAGGGACAGGUCUGAUAUCACCGGUGCGUUGCAAAAAGACUCUGUGGAUGGCGAAGAUUUACGUGCAGAGGGUGGCAGUGCGUGUGAAGUGGCACAACAACACAACACCACAGCCACUAGACAGGACGCAGGGGAUAUCAAACGGCAGGGCACAAACCACCACAACAACCGACAGAACACUACCGUCUACAACGACUAUGGAUGUGUCAUCGGCACACACAUCAUUUCAGACAAGGCACCUCACUCAGCCGACACCUCACGAGGCAUACACGCACAGGCACAGGCACACAUACAACAACAACAACAACAACUACAGCCAAAGACCUCUGUAGGGCUACUAUCACCAACAAAUGUGCGCAAAGUACGCCGCGCCACAUACAACGCGACGCACCUCGAUACGAUUCACAGUCAUAGCAACGCACAUACACACACCACACCGCACAGAACACACCACCACGCCACGCAUACGGGCCAAGGCACAGACAUGGCCAUUCGAGAGCGCUUCUUUACCUUAAGCUCCAGUUCAUCAUCAUUAGUCGAAGACAUCACCCAACCGAAUCAGGCAAACAGCACACAACAUGACAGCCCACACGCAUCCACACGCAAGGACAGUGCAUCCCCAGACCGCCAAACCAUCGUCCCCGCAUCACCCACUGUUGUAGUGACCACACCACGUGGCACAAGUGACAAAGCACAGGCAGCAGAUGCGACGCUAGAGGGCUGUGAUGCGACAGACACGCAUGCGCAUGUGCAGGUGAAGGGGCAGAAUGCUCAGGACACGUUGGCGAAGGACGUGCCAGUGACGACGGAUGACCGCACAGCGAGUCAUGAAAACAGUGAGCAGACGAGCGCACAGGACGCGCACGAACGAUGGAUAGACGCGAUCCACAACGGCAGAGCAGAGGCAGUGAGUGACGAGGAUGUGAUCCGCUUAGUGAAGGCCAAGAGGAUACCACCGCACAGACUAGAGAAGGUGCUGAAUGACUACACUCGAGGGGUGCGCAUAAGACGUCUGUUACUGACGCAGGAUGCCAUUCAGUACCACAACGACGCACACAGCCACAGCGACAAACCACUCACGGCCAAUGCGCAGAUGAAAGCAUCGGCCACCAACGCACAGUUAUUGGACAGCCUUCCGUAUGAGGGCAUGGACUAUACCAAGGUGCUGGGUAUGUCCUGA